ACGGAACGACCUUCUUCCUCCUUAUCCUCGAAGAAGCGAUAUAUAUAAAGCUGAGUUUUCUCCUUGUGUGGGGUUUAACAUUACAGAGAAAGAACCCUGAGACUAACGAUCAAUAGAGAAGAGGGAAAAAAUGAAGAUGAAGGUAUUGUGGUGGCUGAUCCUGCUUUCAUACACCCUGUGUCACCGUGCAUUUGCCGAUCAGAUCUUCCCUGGUCAUGUAGCAGGUGGCACAUUUGGUCACAGCUUUCGUGAACCGAAGUACAAGAUUGAAUUCCAUGCAGAAGAUUCCCCGUUUCAUCCCGAUGAUGAUCAGGAGUCUGUGGUUAUGCCAAAUAAAAAUGGAGAGAAUUUUAUAUGUUUUUUGCCUAAGCUGGAGAAAGCCAAGAGUGGAAAGCCUGUUACUCAGCUCAAUACAAGCAGCAUGAUUAUGGAAUCUGAGAAGCGGAUAAAACUGAAGACACCUGAUGAACUGCUUGAAAUAUUGAAGGACCGAUGUUUUAUCCGACAAGAAGGUUGGUGGUCAUAUGAAUUUUGCUAUCAGAAGAAGUUGCGUCAAGUUCAUUCGGAGGAUGAUAAGGUGGUUCAGGAGUUCAUAUUAGGCGAAUACAAUGCAGAGGCCACAGCUGCUUUUAACCAGAAUAUCUCUGAAAUUUCUACACUGAAAGAUCCCCGCUCCAAAGAUGCAUCCCAAAGGUAUCAUGCUCAUCAGUAUACAAAUGGAACCAUGUGUGACCUUACUAAUCAGCCACGAGAGACUGAGGUGAGGUUUGUAUGCUCGGAGUCUAGAGCAAUGAUUAGUUCUCUUACAGAGCUAUCCACUUGCAAGUAUGCACUCACAGUUCAAUGUCCAACGCUUUGCAAGCACCAAUUGUUUCAAGAAGAGAGACCAGUGUGGCACACCAUUAACUGUAAUGUGCUUCAUAAAGAUUUCAAGGAAACAAAAGUGGAGGAAGAAUCCAAAGAAAAGCCGAUCCUUAUGGUCACAGACAAUGACGGUCUAUCAAUUCAUGAUCCAAAAGAGUGACAUGUACCGACACGUAGAGGGUUUUGUCAUGAUACAAGUCAAAAGAAUGAUUCAUGCUUUCUACGGCAUGUCAAUGCAACAUAGGGAUGAUCCUUCAUUGUUUUUGGAUAUUUUGUUGUUGUGUUUUUUUUUUUUGGCUGAAAGAAGAUAGAUACAUAAUCAAUCGCCCCCAACUUUCUCGUUCAA